AAAUUCAAACUUUACAAAGCGCCAUCUAUCGCACCAAAAUGGAAAUGUUCAACCAACUGAAGGGAGAAAGCCAGAAAAUGCUUCAAGAGCUAAAGAAAUGGACAGCAGAUUCGGGGGCCGAGUUGGCGGCCGUGUACGGGGCCAUGAAGAAGACUGGCAAGAACAGCGUCGACGGCAUCGUGCAGUGGAUGAAGGAUGUAAAAUUGAUCUCCUCAAAAGAAACCGAGGAAAAAGUCCGCUCAGAACUCGACAAGGCGCCAGACAAGAAGGACGUCGGUUUCCAGCAGUUCCGGAACACUGUGUUCCAGCUGGUAGAGGACCAGAAGAAGGCGAUCGAGGGGAUGGGAGCGGCGGUGAAGGAGCAGGGGGGGAGGCUGGCGGCGGCGCUCCAGGCCGGGACGAGCGCUGCGCAGGAGGCGCUGAGGAAGGAUGAUACCACAGGAAAAUAG